ACAGAGGUGAGAGGACUGACACAAAACCGAACUAGACGGCCGUGGGAGUAAACCCCAAGUCAGUGCUCCCUACCCGUUUCCUCCUGGAGUCGCUGACGACGACAACGACGAUUAGGAAGAAGUCAUCGACGAAGAACAACACGCACACGCUGUAAGAUUUUUGGCUUGUGUUUUAAAAAGGGCAGCUUCUUCUUUGGUGCCUGCCUAUGUGAGUUAUCUUUGGGACCUAUAAUAGUUUGUACAUUUCCGAUGUCCGCUAACAACAAUAACCCGCCAAAGAGCAUUGGGGUUUCCUCCCCCUUUGGAAAUUCCAUGUCUGUCAAUCCUGCAGCUCACCUUCAGUCUCAGCCCCAACCACAACAGCGAAUGCCAUCUGGUUUUCCGAAUCAGUUUCAGUUGUCCCAGCUCUCUGCAGCUCAUGCCCAAGCCAUUGCACAGGCACAAGCUCAGUCUAAGGCUCAGGCUCAUGCUCAAGCGCAAGUACAAGCUGCACAUGCUCAGUUUCAGGCACAGUUACAAGCUCAGGGUCUGUCCCUUGCUCCCCUUAGCCAGGCCCAUGCUGCUGGAAUUGCAAAUUUAGGCUCAUCCCCUUCUCUUCCAGGGAUUGGAAAUGCCAGUGUCAAAAGGUUUCCACAAAAACCACCCGUCCGUCCACCUGGCUUGUCAACUACUAACACAAUUUCUCCAAUGAGAACCAUGGACCUUUCUGCUGCUGCUCGUAAGAAAAAGCAGAAGCUUCCUGAAAAGCAAUUACAGGAAAGAGUGGCAGCAAUUUUGCCUGAAUCUGCUCUCUACACUCAGCUACUUGAGUUUGAGUCUCGUGUGGAUGCUGCACUUGCAAGAAAGAAAGUUGAUAUACAAGAUGCAUUAAAGACCCCUCCAUCUAUUCAGAAAACCCUUAGGAUUUAUGUAUUCAACACUUUUGCUAACCAGAUCCGGACUAUUCCUAAAAAACCCAAUGCUGAGCCUCCUACAUGGACUCUCAAAAUAGUAGGGAGGAUUUUAGAGGAAGGCAUGGAUCCUGAUCAAGCUGCUAUGUUACAGAAAUCAAGCUCUAUGUACCCAAAGUUUUCUUCUUUCUUCAAAAGAGUCACCAUUUCCCUGGACCAGAAACUCUAUCCUGAUAACCAUAUUAUAAUAUGGGACAGUGCUAGAUCUCCUGCUCUUCAUGAGGGCUUCGAGGUAAAAAGGAAGGGAGAUCAAGAAUUCACUGUGAAUAUUAGAUUAGAGUUGAAUUACUCGCCCGAGAAGUAUAAACUUUCACAACCUUUGACAGAAGUUUUAGGUAUUGAGGUUGAUACUCGUGCAAGGAUUAUAGCUGCAAUCUGGCACUAUGUUAAAGCUAGAAAGUUGCAGAGUGCUGAUGAUCCUUCAUAUUUCAAUUGCGACCCACUUCUUCAAAAAGUGUUUGGGGAAGGUAAGGUUAAAUUCACAGCAGUGACACAAAAGAUCACGCAUCAUUUGUCUCCUCCGCAGCCCAUUCAUUUAGAACACAGAAUUAAACUUUCUGGUAAUAACCCUGCUGGAAGUGCAUGCUAUGACGUGUUGGUUGAUGUGCCCUUCCCGAUACAGAGAGAAUUGAGUGCAUUGCUGGCAAGCACAGAAAAAACUAAAGAGAUAGAUGCCUGUGAUGAAGCAAUUUGUGCUGCUAUUAGGAAAAUCCAUGAACACAGAAGGAGACGGGCAUUCUUUCUUGGUUUUAGCCAAUCACCUGUUGAGUUCAUUAAUGCUUUAAUUGAUUCCCAGGGUAAGGAUCUCAAGCUUGUUACUGCAGAAGCUAGUCACAAUGCUGAGAAAGAGCGUCGAUCAGAUUUUUACAGCCAACCCUGGGUUGAAGAUGCUGUUAUUCGCUAUCUGAAUCGCAAACCAAUCACUGAUGCCCCUGGGAGCUCAUGAAUUUUGAGGAUUACAAGCUGUGCUUUGGACAAGGAUGGAUGGAUGGAAGUGUUUUGCUAGAUUCUACACGUUCACGAUCUCAACAUUGGUUUGGAAAAGCAAGGAUGUGGUUGAUCUUUGCACAUUGCUGUCAGGAAAUCAUGUACGGGGUGAUGUUCAAGCAUUUGCUGUGGUUGAUGCUGUAUGGCUGUUGGACACAAUAGGAGUGUACUUUAACUUAGUAUUGACUUCAAACUUCAAAUAUAAUCAAAUUAGAUCUGUUCUGGAUGCUUUGAA